GUAUACCAGCAAGCAGCUGUGACCGCCCGAUCAACUUGAAGCCAUGCCGCCUACACCCUGUUCAUUGUGCCAUACCGCUAGAGCUCUUGUGAAGCGACCGAAAACUGGUCAACAGGUUUGCAAGGACUGCUUUUUCGAAGUUUUCGAGACCGAGGUACACAACACAAUCGUAGAGGGAGAAGGGAUUUUCAAGCGAGGGGAACGGGUAGCUAUAGGAGCUAGCGGUGGGAAAGACUCAACUGUUCUUGCACACGUCCUUUCAGUUCUCAACAAGCGAUAUGACUAUGGACUGGAUCUGUAUCUACUGUCAAUAGAUGAAGGUAUCACCGGAUAUCGAGACGACUCUUUAGAGACUGUCAAGCAAAAUCAAGCAGAGUAUGGACUUCCGCUCAAGAUCCUAUCUUACUCUGAGCUUUACGGGUGGACGAUGGACAAGAUUGUAGAACAAGUCGGCAAGAAGAACAAUUGUACUUUCUGUGGUGUAUUCCGUCGCCAGGCAUUGGACCGUGGGGCCGCCCAAUUAGGAGUCGACCAUAUUGUAACCGGACACAAUGCGGAUGACAUUGCUGAAACUGUCUUGAUGAACAUCAUGAGAGGCGAUAUUGCCCGUUUGGCGAGGUGUACAGCUGUUACGACCCAGUCUGAGGAUACGAUCAAGAGAAGCAAGCCUUUCAAAUAUGCUUACGAGAAGGAAAUUGUCAUGUAUGCGUACUUCAAAAAGCUCACGUACUUUUCAACCGAGUGUAUCUACUCUCCUGAUGCCUACAGAGGACAUGCCCGAGUUUUCCUCAAGGAUCUCGAAGCCGUCCGACCUAGCGCUAUUGUCGACAUCAUUCACUCUGGUGAAUCCUUUGUGCUUGAGCAAAGUGUACAAAGAGGUAUGAAGGCAUUGCAGACUUGUUUGCGUUGUGGUUACAUCUCUUCAAAUGAUCUUUGUAAAGCUUGCGCCUUGUUAGAAGGUCUUGAAUCGGGCCUUUCCCGUUCUGCCCUGCGUCAAACACAGGAGAGCACCUCUGCUGCUCCAGAGGGACAUCGUACGAUCCCCAUGUUUGAGAGAUAUGCUUCUCUGAAUGGUACACCGAGAACACCCCCGACACCUGCAGAGCCGGUGGAGGGUAUUGAGAGAGCGGUAAGAACUAUUGAAAUAGUUUAGACAGUUGGCGGGGAUUUUUGACGCAUCCUUGACAUCUGCAAAAGGCAUAGAGCAUCGAGCAUUGUAUGAUUACGGCACGAUAGUGUUGGUAGUGUAUGUAUUCUUAGCCUUUCCUUGCCUUGGCGUCUCCUAAUCACAUAUCCCUUUGGCCUCUGUGCCAACCGGUCUCACGGAUGAUGAUAAGGGAAACUUGCAUAACAUGCCGCGCUUACCAACAGAGUGACGUCUAUCCCGCAAAGGACUUGUGUUUUAUCUGCUCCUAAUGGCGAUGUACAGUGCAUCUCGUUCAUGCCCACUGAAAAAAAAAGCCGUUGUAUCAGAAGUAUGGAUGACUGCUAUCAGAAACACAAGAAUCACCGAAACGUCACUUUCCCGCUUUCCCUCACAUGUUUUGGUAAUCCGUUCCACCACUCCUUGAUACCCAAAGCCUUCUUACCCGCCGCCUUGAUCUCCUGAACUUCUAACCAACUGUCCCCAGCACAAGCUACGAAUAGUCGGCGUGACUUGCCUUGCCUGUAAAGUAUCCCAGUGCCGGGCGUUAUUGCUUCUGGUUGAUAAAGGGGCAUAGGAAGGGAGAGACGGGGGAUGGGAUGGAGAGAGAGGAUUUGGGCUGUUGUGUCG